AAGACCACGAAACCCAUUAAUACUAAACAAUGGUUCUUCUACCAAUAGAAGCAAUGCUAUAUUUUACCAAUGAAAAGCGAAUAUCUCGGACCCAAAAUUAUAUUUUGUCAGAACAUAUUAAGAAAUGAAUUUCAUUUACGUGUCUACAAAUUAUUUGUUUACCAUUCAUUUCCAUAACCAUAUUUAUACAAUUUUAUAUGCUUCCUCUCCCAUUUCUUUUGGCCAACCAAUCAAUCAAAGUCUUCAUUUGAUUUUCCUUUUCUUUCUUUCUUUUCUUUAUUCUUUGGUUUUGCAUUUUCCUGCUCCUAUGGUGUGUUUGAAUCGGUGAAUGAAGAAGAAACAUUUACAUUUUGAGUGAUAGUGAGAUAAAAGAAGAUAUCAUGUUUGGCGACAAAAACAAAAACAAAAGCAAAAGCAAAAGCAAAAAUAACAACGAUGGCAAUAUUCCUCGACCUGAGUUCAUGCAAUCAGAACCCCGAUUUUCCACCACGGAAGCCUAUACCGAUGAUGACUACGCCAUGCGUAGCAGCAGUGCGGCAUCCCCCAUGAGCCCUUACAACUAUGACCCCGGCAGGUUAAGUGGUGAGGGCUCACCAAUGAUGAUGUCGCCAUGGAAUCAAACAACAAAUUCUCCAUUCUCAAAGCCACAAUGGUCACAACACGAAGAAGCACCCUCACAGAAUUCUCUAAUCGGUUCACUUGUUCGUGAAGAAGGUCACAUAUAUUCAUUGGCAGCUUCCGGUGACUUAUUAUACACUGGCUCAGAUAGCAAGAACAUUCGCGUGUGGAAGAAUCUCCAAGAAUAUUGCGGAUUCAAAUCCAACAGUGGAUUGGUAAAAGCAAUAAUAAUCUCCGGUCAAAAAAUCUUCACCGGUCACCAAGACGGUAAAAUCAGAGUUUGGAAAGUUUCUCUCAAGAACCCUAGCAUUCACAAACGUGCUGGAACAUUACCAACACUCAAGGAUAUUUUCAAAAGCUCGAUUAAACCAAGCAAUUAUGUUGAGGUUCGUAAACACCGAACUGCAUUAUGGAUCAAACAUUCUGAUGCUGUUUCAUGUCUCAGUCUUUCUUCAGACAAAACCUACCUCUACUCAGCUUCAUGGGACAGAACAAUCAAAGUUUGGAGAAUCUCCGAUUCCAAGUGCUUGGAAUCAAUUACUUGCCAUGAAGACGCUGUUAACUCCGUUGUCUGUGCAAACGACGGAAUUGUUUUCUCUGGUUCCGCGGAUGGAACCGUUCAAGUGUGGCGUAGGGAAGCACGUGGGAAAGGAACGAAGCACGUGCAGGUUAAACAACUUUUAAAACAAGAAUGCGCGGUAACUGCUUUAGCAGUUGAUCCCACAGGAACAAUGGUGUAUUGUGGUGCUUCUGAUGGGUUAGUUAAUUUUUGGGAAUGCAAUAAGCAGUUUGCACACGGUGGGAACCUUAAAGGUCAUAAACUUGCGGUUUUGUGUUUAUCUUCUGCAGGGAAUUUGGUAUUUAGUGGUUCAGCUGAUAAAACUAUAUGUGUGUGGAAAAGAGAUGGUGUUAUUCACACCUGUGUGUCUGUUUUAACGGGACAUGAUGGUCCCGUUAAGUGUUUAGCGGUGGAACAGGAUCGUGACUCUGAUGCUAGAGGUGAUCAACGAUGGGUAUUGUACAGUGGGAGUUUGGAUAAAUCGGUUAAGGUUUGGAGUGUUUCCGAGAGUCUGCAGCAGCAGGUACGUAUGGGUUUUGAUGGGGAUUCAUUACCUUCUGAAUCUGAUAGCAGUUUUUCUUCGAGUCGCACUGGUGGUACUAGGAGGAAUUAAUUAUUUGGGCUUGUUUGGCCUAUUAUGAUGAUACUACUACCACGUCUCUCUCCGGGAUGAUUGUGUUGUUGUUUCUCUUUCUAAUACGUAUGUAUGUAUGUAUGUAUAAUAAUUUUUUGUUUGUUAAUUAAUUGACUUUGAUUGAUGGUUUUUGUAAAGCUGGGACAGGCAAUUUGGAAGAAGAUGAUGAUCUUUAUUUAUGUAAUGUAAUGUAAUAUAAUUUGUGUAAUAA